GAUAUAAAACAAAAAGUAAUCUAACUUUUGUAAGCAAAAUCAUUGCUAUUCUAUUUAUAUAACGAAAACGAUAAAAAUGACGAUUAACAUGAAUCAUCCGUUGUUAAACUCUAAUCUAAUGAAGAAAGUUUAAUAAAACGUGCCAUUACUUUAUAUAACCCGCUGCAUCUGAUAAGAUAAUUUAUCAAUUAUCGCUUUCAUCAUCAAUCCCUUAUCAUUCCUGCUUACGUGCAAGCGACUUAUCGGGGAAUCUACAUAAGUAUAUAAAGUAGAUGGAAUGAACAUUUGCGUCGAAAUUUCGUCUCUUAUCCGUUAUUAAAGAUACAACAAAAUGACAUUCACAAAAUUAUUUGUGUUGACGGUGGUAAUCUGCAUUAAUCUGCAGGAAAUUUCUGGGCACGGGAUGAUGUUUGACCCUAUAAACAGAAGUAGUGCAUGGAGGAAAGGUUUCCCUGUAGAACCAAACUACACUGACAAUGAACACUUCUGCGGAGGAUACGGUAUUCAUCACGGUAAAAAUGGCGGUAAGUGCGGAGAAUGCGGCGACGAUUAUUCUUUACCCCGGCCACGGCCAAAUGAAAAUGGCGGCAUCUAUGGAACAGGUGUCAUCGUUCAAAAAUACAAGGCAGGUUCCACCAUCGAUGUGACCGUUCGCCUCACCGCCAGCCAUCUGGGUCACUUUGAAUUCCACCUUUGCCCGCUAAAAUCAGAAAAGGAAUUAGAAACCGAUGUGUGCUUCAAUAAGUAUCCCUUACCAUUGGCUAAUGGUAGCGGCUAUAAAUACCCCAUUAAAAUCCACGGCUCUAGGGAUCACUCUCUCAAGCUGGUUCUACCAAAAGGUGUCACGUGUAAACAAUGCGUAAUCAGGUGGCAUUACCGCACCGGAAAUACCUGGGGCACUUGUGAGGACGGAACAAAAGGCAUGGGCUGUGGCCCCCAGGAAACGUUCAGAAGCUGUGCUGAUGUCACUAUUACGAAUUAGCUUAUCACGGACCUCAGAUCGAAUUUAUUAGCUUUAUGUCAUCUCGAAAGUAUUGGGUUCAUGCCAAAAAAAUUGUACAAAACUAAAUUUUCUUAAAGAAUUGUUGAAGAAAUCUCUAAUCUAAUCAGGAUCUUGACUGAAUAAAUAGCAGAGAAAGUAACGUAUUUGAAUACGAAUAAAAGAGAAUGAAGAUUUCGUGUCCUUUGCCCUUAAAAAUCAAUUUCAGAAAGACAAAUUUUCAAGUUCUUUACAUCUACAUGAAAUGUUUAUCGCCAUGUACUUCCGCAUUGCGAAGACAGCAAGCAACAUAAUUCUUAAAGGCUUUAUCUAAAAUACAAAACUCAAAUAUUGUUCUUAAUAUGUAUUGUUUAUUCAGAUAAAUUGAAAACAGAUUUUUAACACAUUUUAACUUGAAAAAAAUUAUAAUCUUUCAAUAAAGACUGGUUCAAGCGAUAUUACACUAUUCCAACCUGAUAUAAAGCUACGUUUUAGUAAUAUAAUCGUUUUAAGUAAUCCGAAUAGUUUAAAAGCAAAAUGUAUAAAAUUCACAAAAAGUUAAGCAUAAGAUUUCACCCUAUGACCGAAAAUUUAUUUAGUCUAAAUUGUAUGUUAUACGCGUCCCAGGAGUUGUGUAAUAAAAUGCAAUACGACAUGUGUACUCAUAUUAA